AUGGCUUUUCGUGGAACAGAGAGCCCCAUGGACUUUGAGUGGCAAGGUCACGGCCCGGUUGAUCCUACAUCUCCCUUCCAUAAACACAUCAUGGAGGCACAUGCGAAGAUGCGAACAUACAGCGAGUUUGAUUCGCCCCAGAAAACAGAUCCGUCUGCCUUGCGCGAACCCCACAGUCAACCAUUCUCUUUCUCAAACCCUCCAGCAUCAUCGCCUCCAUCCUCACCCUUCCGCGCUCCCUCGUUUACCACCCCCCGAAAUGUGUUCGACAUUGAUUUCUCCUCCGGACCUGAAAACUCGUCGCCACUAGGACCAACAGACAACGACGACACUCCCGAUGCCAAACCCAUCCCAAUUGAGUUCACGAACAGUCUCUCCAAGACGGAGAACAAGAGAAACUCGUUGUUUGGUCUCUAUGGAAGAUUUGCCCCGAGUCCGGGCCGCGGAGAAAUCAGAAAACCUCCAAGUGAUGCGAUUGCCAGACGGAUACACAAGAAGCGACGUCGGGCGCAGAAAUUUGACAAACAGGCUCUUGCCCAAACCCCGGAUGAUGACAGUGACGAUGAGGGCAAGACGACUCCAGGUCCGACGGGACGACCCAAGAAAUCCACGGGCAAAGUGGAAGAGGUGGGAUGGAUCACCGGAUUGUUCACCUUCAUUCACACGUACCCCGACGCGCCGUCCAUAAUUGCCAAAUAUCUGCAAGUUUUCUUCAAUGCCGCCAUUCUCGGUGGUUGCCUGUACAUGUUUUGGUCGUUCUACGCCACCAUUCGAGCCGAUGUUGAUCGUGCAAGCGAUGACGCCAUGGCAGAAGUGCUGGCGGAGAUGGCGGCAUGCUCAAAGAAUUACGUUGACAAUCGGUGUGGCGCCGACACCAGAUUACCAGCUUUGGAAACAGUUUGCAACAGUUGGGAAUUGUGUAUGAAUCGGGACCCGAGCGCCGUGAAACGCGCCAGGUUGAGUGCUCAUACAUUUGCGGAAAUCUUCAACAGUUUCGUCGAGCCCAUCAGCUUGAAAACGAUGAUAUUUACCAUUACGUUGGUCGUGGUCGGAUUAGUGGUCAACAAUGCCACAUUUACGCUGUAUCGACGACAGCAAGAACACCAUCAUGCGGGAGUGGGGGUCUAUCGACCGCCUUCAGGGUCAUAUACGCCUCAUCCCCAGCACGUUGGUCAGAUGGGACAAUUUGCGCUGCCGUCGGGAAUGCACUAUGGAGGUCAGCCCUAUGGGGAGUGGCAAGAUGAUCAAGGCUUCGCGAGUCCACAACAUCUAGUGUACCAAAGAAGUCCAGGCAAAGAACAUCGAGCGCGGAGUCGAAGUCCAGAGAAGAAAACUCUUUGA